AUGCAGCAUGAAGACCACAAUGGAGAAAGUCAAGAACUAGAAGAACUAGACCAGCAGGACACAACUGAACCAUCUGGUGGUUGUGAUGUUGUUCGGACACGUGACAAGGGCGACACCAGUGAGAAACAUUCAAGGAUUGAUCAAGAGGAGAGAGAGAUGGAGGAUGCUGAAGACACCAGUAAACCUACCAAGAUGGAUGGCCUCCAACAGCUCCAGGAAGAGGAGGGCAAAGUAAGACGGCUCAAUGUGGAUCUGCAGGCCAAGCUAGCCUUCUACUUCAGCCAGAAGACCCCUGAGAAAGACCUCGAGGUGGACGGGGUGGUGUCCACACAGGACUACGACAAGUGCCUUAACUUCCUGGCGGACUGGAGGAGGCAGCACGCCGCUCAGGAGGAGAGGGCACAGCAAGAAGAGGACGAGCUGAGGCUGCAGAUCCAAGAGGAACUAGACAAGGUACAGGAUGAGUGGCAAGCGUUGUUGGCGCAGAAGAAGAAGCUGGCAGUGCCACUGCUGAGUCGUCAUUUGAGCCGAGAGGCGGCACAGGCCAAAGUGGAAGCCGUGUUAGCGUCCGAGUGCGUCCACCGUGAAGAACUGAGGAGUCUGCGUGUGAAGCACGCCACCUUGAAGAGCAGCGUGGAGCGUCUGGAGUCAGAUCUCCGUAAUGAAGAGGAAGAGCAGGCCAAGGAUGAUCUUCAGCUCCAGUUUGAGCAGCUACUGGCCGACAGGAUGCAGCAGAGGAAAGUCUUGGAGCAAAAGAACCAAGAAGCCUUGAAGCUCCACAAGAAGAUGAAGUGCACCUUGGAGCUGCUGUCCAACAUGAAGGAGAAGCUGCACUGGAGUCGCAUGGAGGUUCAGAGAAAGCGGGAGCAGCUAGCCCAACUGGACGCCAUGCUGGCAGCCAAGAGGGACCUCCUGACCAGAACCAAGCGGGCCUGCAGCCGCCUGCAGAAAGACAACACGGAGCUGAAGCACAGCGGCGGACUGCUGGGACACCGCCUGCUGCUGUGGGACUUUGGGGUCACUGUGGGCGACUCCACACGGCUGCAGGACAAACUGGACAAGCUGAAAAGUCGUCGGGAAGAAAUAGUUUCUACAAAAAGCUAA